AUGCCCUUCAACUCUGGGGUCUACAGCCAGGUGGAGGUUAAAGGAUAUAACUUGCAGACCAAGGAAAGAUGGCUCAUUUCCUGGGUCAUCUCCCUGGUAAAGACAGCACUGCCUCAUCCAGGCAGGUGCUCAGCCAGCCAUGCUCGAAGUCCCUUAAUGCCCUAUGACUGGUCAGCGGUCUCAGGGGGAAUUUACACAGCAAUUUUGAAUCUACUCCACACAUACUGUUAUUUAAACACUCACAAAAAACUAUUAUCUUCCCCCCACCCUCUACAAAGCAUCUCCAGGGCACAUAUUAUUGCAAGGCCUCUGUUUUCAUCCUUGCAACCAGUGUUCCAAGCUUACAGAGCUUAUCAUGUUUAUUAUAUAACAACAAGACAUAAGCCAAAACAACUUGGUGGGUUUUUAAACAUAGCAACAGCAGAAAUCUUUUCUGGGCUUAAGGAAGAGACACUUCAAAUGUCUACUAAUUUCAGCAAUUUUCUGGUCUAUGGGAUGAAAAGUCUAAAACGUUGUGAAGGUAUUUAAGUACACUUACAGAAAACCCACCGCUCCACCAUCAGACACCAUGACGCAAAGUGCUCCCUGGUUGGGAUUCACAGGCUGCCUCUCAAAGGAGUAUUGCCUGUGUGGUGAAUGCUCUUGGAGGAAAGAGAAGGGCACGAAACGGGGACCCUUCAAAGUUGGCACCGUGGUGUCACUCUGUGGCACAGGGCUUGUUCCUUCCUUUUGUUUCCUUUUCUAAUGGGGGGACCAUUAGCAGUUGUAUUCAGAUGA